ACCACCUCACUCCGUUCGUCCACCACCACCAAUCCACCACCUCACUACUUCCUGCUUUCCUGCUUUCCUACUUACCACCUGUGUUCCGUUCGAGUGUUCCAACGCCGGCCGCCGCUGACCACCUGUUCGAGUGUUCCGAUUAUCAGAAUGUCCACAAAUAUGGAUAAUGUUGAAGGGAAUGUCCCUAUUGAGGAGCAUGAAUCUGACAAUGAAAAAUCCAAACCCAAGAGGAAGAGAAUGAAGGAUCGUUCCGAGGUUUGGGAGCACUUUAUCAAGGAAGAAACACACACUGGAAUGGAAGCACGUUGCAAGUACUGUGGUAUGAGAUACAAGUGUGGUACAAAGAGAAAUGGCACUAGUCCAUUGUGGGCUCAUAUAAAUAGAUGCCGUAAGUACCCCUAUAAUACUCCUAAAGAAUCAAAACAAAGUUUGUUGUCUUUCAAAAGCAAUAAAAUUGAAAGUGGUUGUACUAGUGGAUUGUCUUAUGUGAAAUAUGAUCCAACUGUAAUUAGAAAAGCUUUAUCUGAGAUGGUUAUAGUUGAUGAAUUGCCUUUUAAGUUUGUUGAGGGAGUAGGCUUUAAACAAUUUUGUAAUGUAAUGGAGCCUAGAUUUCAUGUCCCUUCCAGAAUUACUGUGGCUAAAGAUUGUUAUGAAACUUUUUUAACUCAAAAAGAAAGCUGAAAUUGGUAUUAAAAAAGUGUAACUCAAGGGUUUCAUUAACAACCGAUACAUGGACAUCUAUUCAGCAAAUUAAUUACAUGUGCUUGACUGUUCACUUUGUUGAUAAUGACUGGAAUUUGCAAAAACGUAUUCUGAAUUUUUGUCCUAUAUCAAGUCAUAAGGGGGAGGAAAUUGGGAAAGAAAUUGAGAAAUGUUUGCUUGAUUGGGAACUUGAGAAAGUAUUUUGCAUAACUGUUGAUAAUGCUAGCUGAAAUGAUACCGCAAUAGGAUAUAUGAGAAGGAAAAUAAAUGGUUGGAAAGCUGGGGUUCUUAAGGGUCGGUUCCUUCAUAUGCGUUGUGUUGCUCAUAUUGUGAAUUUGGUUGUGUCUGAUGGCUUGAAAAUUGUUAAUGAGUCUAUUACUCGUGUGAGACAAGCUGUAAGAUUCAUCAAACAAUCCCCUUCUAGGUUGGUAAGGUUUAAAAAAUGUGUUGUGGAAGAAAAAAUCAACUCUAAAAAGUUGUUGUGCCUUGAUGUGUCUACUAGGUGGAAUUCCAUCUUUUUAAUGUUGGAUGCUGCUUUGGUGUUUGAGUAUGCUUUUGAGAGGUACUCUGAGGAGGACCCUCAUUAUGUGAUUGAGUUAAAUGAGAGGGAGGGGAAGGGCUGCCCUACUUCUGAGGAUUGGGAAACAGUCAGAAGGUUUUCUGAAUUUUUACAAGUCUUUUAUGAUCUUACGUUGCGUGUCUCUGGGUCUUUGCAUGUGACUUCCAAUUUAUUUUUCCAUGAAUUGGUGAGUGUUGCUGUCCUUUUGAAAGAUUUGAUGACAAAUGAUGAUGUGGAGAUGUGUCUUAUGGCUACUAAAAUGAAGGAGAAAUAUGACAAAUAUUGGGAUGAUCCGGAGAAAAUGAACAUGUUGAUUUUUAUUGCUGUUGUGCUUGAUCCUCGUUAUAAGUUAGAUUAUGUUGAGUGGAUGUUAAUUGAAAUUUAUGAUUCUAAGCAUGCAUUUGUUUUGGUGAAUAAUUUGAAAGAGUCUUUGAAUGCAUUGUAUGAGGAGUAUCAUGGUUCUUCUGGUGAUGUGAUUAGGGAGGAAGUGUCCUCAAGUAUGGACAGUUCCCAAUUUUCUCCCAAACAAAAGAAGCUUCAGGUAUUGAAGAGUAAGUAUAAGAAACAUAAGUGUGAGAAAGAUGGAGAAGCAAAAAUUGAGUUAGACAACUAUUUAGAAGAGGAAACGGAGGAGGAAUGUGAAAAUUUUGAUAUUUUGGGGUGGUGGAAGUUUAAUAGUGCUAGGUUUCCAACAAUUGGAAGAAUGGCCCGUGAUAUACUUGCUGUCCCUAUCUCAACAGUAGCCUCUGAGAGUGCAUUCAACACUGGUGGUAGGGUUCUAGACCCAUUUAGGAGCUCCUUAACUCUAAGGGUCGUUGAAGGACUUGUUUGUGCUCAAAAUUGGCUACGUUCUUCUCCCUUUCCUAAUAUAGAAGAGUGUUUACAAGAAGUUGAAGAUCUUGAAGAAGGUAACAUAAAACAACAAUUAUCAUGUUAUUUUUUUUCAUUAUUUCAUAUAUAUUAUGUAACUUGUUUAUUUUUUUUUAAUGUUAUUAGACUUGAGGAAUAUGACAAUUGGUGGUCAAAACCCGGACUUGGUUGAGCUUGAUUGAGAGUUAGCUGCCAAGAAUGAAGCUGCCUUAUUGAUUGAAGACUUGAAGUUUCUGCCAAGAGCCUAAGAAUGAAGCUGCCCUGUUGGUUGAACUAGUUCAUUUGUGGACUGUUUGUCUGUUUUAUUAUCAAUUCAUCAUGUGGACUGUUUUGAUAGUUUUAAGACUUGUUAAGUUCUUAUGUCUCAAUGUGGACAAUGUGUAAGUGUAUUUAAUUACUAUGGCAGUAUGGCUGGACAAUUUAGUUACUAUGGCAGUAUGGCAUAUGGUUGUGACUUGUGAAA